AUGGCCCCGUCGCCCCUAGCCAUGGCCCCUCGCGACCUGCCGCCCCUAACCGCGGCCCCGGGGGUGGCGGAUGUGGCCAACCUGCUGUCGCCCGAGCGGCUCCUGCACCGCCCCUUCUCCUACCUACCCCCUGCUGCGGGUGCAGCAGUGGGGGGGAGGGGAUCUGCGGCACCAGGCCCCCCACCCUUCUCCUACCUCCCCCUGCUGCGGGUGCAGCAGAAGGGGGGAGGGGAUCUGCAGCACCGACCCCCCCCCCUCCCCCCCCCCCUCAUCCUUCUCCUACCUCCCCCUGCUGCGGGUGUAGCAGUGGGGGGGAAGCGAUCUGCCAUCCCCCUGCUGCGGAUGCGGCACAGUGGGGGGGAGGGUAUGGGGGUGGCGGGUGUGGCCAACCUGCUGUCGCCCGAGCGGCUCCUGCACCGCCCCUUCUCCUACCUCCCCCCUGCUGCGGGUGCAGCGGUGGGGGGGGAGGGGAUCUGCAGCACCAACCCUCCCCCCCCCCCCUUCUCCUAUCUCCCCCUGCUGCGGAUGCCGCACAGUAGGGGGGAGGGGAUCUGCAGCAGCAGUGGGGGGAGGGGAUUUGCAGCAUCAGCCCCCCCCCCAACCGCCCUUUUCUCCUCUCUCUCUCCCUGCCGCACCCUGUGUUGGGAGGGGGGGGGGGAGCUUGGAGGUUCAGGGGGAGGCAGGAGGGGAUCUGCAGCAGCAGUGGGGGGGAGGGGAGUUGCAGCAUCAGCCCCCCCCCCCCCCCCCCCCCCCACCAGCCCCCUCCCCCCCCACUUCUCCUCCAUCCCCCUACUGCGGGUGCAGCGGUUGGGGGGAGGGGAUCUGCAGCCCUGUGCUGCCCUGCUGCCCUGCUGCUGCCGCUACAGCCCUUGCUGCUGCCCUGCGCGCCCCGCGCGCCCUGCAGCCCUGCUGCGCCCCGCGUGCCCUGCUGCCCUGUGCGCCCCACGCGCCCUGCAGCCCUGCGCGCCCUGCGCGCCCUGCUGCCCUGCUGCUGCCGCUACAGCCCUUGCUGUUGCCACUACAGCCCUUGCUGCUGCCCUGCGCGCCCUGCGCGCCCUGCAGUCCUGCUGCCCUGCAGCCCUGUGCGCCCUGCUGCCCUGCAGCCCUGUGCGCCCUGCUGCCCUGUUUGCCCCGCGCGCCCUGCUGCCCUGCAGCCCUGUGCGCCCUGCUGCCCUGUGCGCCCCGCGCGCCCUGCAGCCCUGUGCGCCCCGCGCGCCCUGCAGCCCUGCGCGCCCCGCGCGCCCUGCUGCCCUGCAGCCCUGUGCGCCCUGCUGCCCUGCAGCCCUGUGCGCCCUGCUGCCCUGCUGCCCUGCUGCUGCCGCUACAGCCCUUGCUGUUGCCGCUACAGCCCUUGCUGCUGCCCUGCGCGCCCCGCGCGCCCUGCAGCCCUGCUGCGCCCCGCGCGCCCUGCAGCCCUGCUGCGCCCCGCGCGCCCUGCUGCCCUGCUGUCCUGCUGCCCUGCGCGCCCUGCGCGCACUGCAGCCCUGCGCGCCCCGCGCGCCCUGCUGCCCUGCAGCCCUGUGCGCCCUGCUACCCUGCAGCCCUGUGCGCCCUGCUGCCCUGUUUGCCCCGCGCGCCCUGCUGCCCUGCUGCCCUGCUGCCCUGUGCGCCCCGCGCGCCCUGCAGCCCUGUGCGCCCCGCGCGCCCUGCAGCCCUGCGUGCCCCGCGCGCCCUGCUGCCUUGCAGCCCUGUGCGCCCUGCUGCCUUGCAGCCCUGUGCGCCCUGCUGCCCUGCUGCUGCCGCUACAGCCCUUGCUGUUGCCGCUACAGCCCUUGCUGCUGCCCUGCGCGCCCCGCGCGCCCUGCUGCCCUGCAGCCCUGUGCGCCCUGCUGCCCUGCAGCCCUGUGCGCCCUGCUACCCUGCUGCCCUGUGCGCCCCGUGCAGCAGUGGGGGGAGGGUAUGGGGGUGGCGGGUGUGUGA